AUGAAGCUUCUCACACCAGCUUUGCUUGCCUUUUUGUCGCUGGCCACUGCCAUGCCUCUCGUUGAUCUCGCGCGGAGUGUGACCAGCCCUCCCAAGGGGAAAUGGUUCGAUCGCUUUGUGGUCGUGGUCUUUGAGAACAACAACAAGGAUGUCACCUUUGGCGAGCCCUACUUCUUGAACCUAACUACCAUGGGAAUGUCACUUGGCAGUUAUUAUGGCACAACACAUCCAUCCCAGCCAAACUACAUUACCAUGAUAUCAAACACCAUUGCCGGUGGUGUUUAUACUGACGCCGACCACAACACAACCCAGAUGAGUGUGAUUGAUUUGUUUGAACCAGCGGGCAUCACCUGGAGAGCUUACAUGGAGGGCUACAAGCCUCUGGCAAACGGAGAAUGCAACCCUUACUCGAUCGAUAAGGAGACAAAUUACGUCCGAAAGCACAACCCGUUCAUGUCUUUUGAUAACAUUCGGAACAACACCUCUCGCUGCAAGAAUAUCGUCAAUGCUGAGGAACAUUUUGCUCGCGACGUUUCCCUCGGGGCGGACGCCCCUCAGUAUAUGUACUACACACCCAACCUCCUGAACGAUGCCCACAACACGAAUGUUAGCUAUGCUGCGCGUGACCUACGCUACAUCAUGGACACGAUGCUGAGCAAUCCGGCCUUCAUGAAGAAUACAUUGAUUACCAUCACCUUUGAUGAAAAUGAUAUCUUCAGUCCUGAGAACUUCGGCACUCCAAACCAUAUUUAUACUGUCCUCCUGGGGAAUGAUACUCUGAAAUGCUAUAACUGCAUCGAUCAACAGUACUAUAAUCACUUCUCUCAAGUAGUGACCCUCGAGAAGAACUGGAACUUGACCACUAUCCCACAGCCAGACGGAAGUGAAGAAGGUUGGGAUAAAUGGUUUCUUCCCUUUGGCAUGUUACGAACAAACAAUAAUCCGCCGGCUUGUCCAUACACCCCGUGUCAAGUUUAA